ACUGGAAGGCCUGGACUCCCAGGGGACAAGGGUGCCAUCGGGAUGCCUGGACGUGUGGGUAUCAAAGGUCAACCAGGCGAGAAGGGUGCCCCUGGAGAUGCGGGGAUGUCCAUCAUCGGGCCUCGAGGCCCCCCUGGCCAGCCGGGCACUCGAGGCUUUCCUGGAUUUCCGGGUCCCAUUGGUCUUGACGGCAAGCCGGGCCACCCCGGACCUAAAGGGGAGACGGGCCUGGUGGGUCCCCGAGGACAACCGGGACCUCAGGGACAAAAGGGAGAAAAGGGUCAGUGUGGCGAGUACCCACACCGGGAGCAUCCAGGUGGCAUGCUAGCAGCUCUGUACUCCAACCCGCUAAUUUCCCUAAAGCUGUUGCCUCUCCUCAAUUCAGUUCGGCUGGCUCCACCCCCAGUCAUUAAAAGACGGACCUUUCAGGGAGAACAAGGCCAGGCUGGCAUCCAAGGCCCUCCAGGGCCACCAGGUCCCCCAGGACCAAGUGGCCCCCUGGGACACCCAGGACUUCCAGGGCCUAUCGGGCCACCUGGUUUACCUGGGCCUCCCGGACCAAAGGGAGACCCAGGGAUCCAGGGCUACCAUGGCCGCAAGGGAGAGCGGGGCAUGCCCGGGAUGCCAGGCAAGCACGGAGCCAAGGGGUCUCCUGGGAUAGCCGUGGUUGGGAUGAAGGGUGAUCCAGGAACUCCAGGAGCCAAGGGCGAGAAGGGGGCUACAGGCUCGCCUGGGCUCUCCGGCCUCCUGGGGCAGAAGGGAGAAAAAGGUGAUUCUGGCAAUGCCAUUGGAGGAGGCAGGGGGGAGCCUGGCCCUCCAGGGCUCCCUGGACCCCCUGGGCCAAAGGGAGAAGCUGGUGUUGAUGGCCAGGCUGGGCCCCCAGGACAGCAAGGAGAAAAGGGGCAGCCAGGAGCAGCUGGGGAACAGGGACCAGCUGGCCCCAAGGGCUCCAAGGGUGAACCCGGCAAGGGGGAGAUGGUGGAUUACAAUGGAAACAUCAACGAGGCGCUUCAGGAGAUCAGGACACUGGCCUUGAUGGGGCCUCCUGGCCUUCCUGGACAAGCAGGCCCACCUGGACCUCCAGGGACUCCAGGCCAAAGGGGGGAGAUUGGACUGCCAGGCCCUCCAGGACAUGAUGGAGACAAGGGACCUCGAGGAAAACCAGGAGACAUGGGGCCUGCUGGCCCCCAAGGACCCCCUGGAAAGGACGGGCCUCCAGGAAUGAAGGGAGAGGUCGGACCCCCAGGGAGUCCAGGGGAGAAAGGGGAGACAGGACAAGCAGGCCCACCGGGUCUAGAUGGCCCAACUGGGGAGAAAGGAGAACCAGGUGAUGAAGGGAGGCCUGGAGCGACAGGAUUGCCUGGGCCCAUCGGGCUCCCGGGAUUCACAGGAGAGAAAGGAGAAGCUGGGGAGAAAGGUGACCCGGGAGCAGAGGUUCCUGGGCUGCCAGGGCCAGAGGGUCCUCCAGGACCUCCGGGCCUCCAAGGUGUUCCUGGACCAAAGGGAGAAGCAGGCCUAGAUGGCACCAAAGGAGAAAAGGGCUCCCAGGGAGAAAAAGGAGACCGGGGGCCUCUGGGAUUGCCUGGAGCUUCAGGUUUGGACGGCAGGCCUGGGCCACCGGGUACUCCAGGACCAAUUGGAGUUCCAGGCCCAGCCGGACCAAAGGGCGAGAGGGGAAGCAAAGGAGACCCAGGGAUGACAGGACCAAUGGGAGCAGCUGGGCUGCCUGGUUUACACGGACCACCCGGGGACAAAGGGAACCGGGGCCACCGAGGUUUUAAAGGAGAGAAAGGGGAGCCGGGGCUACCAGGGUUGGACGGACUGGAUGCCCCAUGCCCACUGGGAGAAGACGGCUUACCAGUCCAAGGCUGCUGGAACAAGUGACGCCUCUAACCUCGGAUUGGCCUGUGUGUGUUUGUACAUAGGAUAUUUAUUUUUAUACAGUUUUCACCUUUUGAAAAUGCCCAAAGUAUGAUGCAUCUUACAGAUCAUUAAGAGAGAGAGGAAAGCCCGCAUAUUUUGUACAGAUAAUAACCCUUUCCCUUUUGUUUACAAGACAUUUUUGUAUAAAUCUGUUUCUAAUACACUUUCUGUCUGUGAGUCUGCUCCUAAUGUUGCAUGAUAUUUGUGCACACUUAUUAAAUACCACAGCUUAAUAAA